UCGGGAAUGAACAUGCUGGAAAAGGAGGCGGUCGAGUCUCCGCCCGGCGGGAGCCUGGGGAGGCAGCCCCGGGGCGGGCAGUGGGGCGGGGCUGGGAAAGUUGAGUAUUAGUCGCCGAGGGCUGGGCUCCGCGCAGGAGCGCCGGCCGCGGGGACCGUAGAAGGCUGGGGCGGGCGGGGUAGGUGUGGCUCUGCCUGCGUAACCCGAGCCCCCGUCCCGGUCGCGGUUGCCUCCCGCAGCUGCAGCCUCUCAGCCAUGGGCGCCGUCUGGUCCGCCCUGCUGGUCGGAGGGGGCCUGGCCGGAGCGAUUUUCGUGUGGCUGCUGCGGGACACGGGGACGGAGAGCGACGCGGAGCAGAAGGACGACCCUCUUGGGGACGCUGCGGCUCCGGGAGGCGAUCAGGGUGGCGCCGGGGGACUGAGCCCUGGACCUUCCAGGCGGGAGCUGGUCACCAAACCAGAGCAUCUUCAAGAAAGCAAUGGAUGUUUGGUUUCGGAGACCAAAGGCCAUGGUAACUUGCAGGAUGCAGCAUGGAGACUGCAGAGUCCUUCUGGAAAAGACAGUGAUUGUGACAGUUCAAGAGAGCAUGUUCCUUCUGGACAGUUUCCAGACACAGAAUCUCUAGCUACAUCGGAGACUGGUAACUCUUGGGGUUACUCUGAAGUUUCAAGAAGUGAAAGCCUUGAAUCUCCUAUAGCAGGAUGGGGAUUCCAGAAAGGACAAGAGGCACUUGCUAAAGUAGCUUCCUGUUUUGCAGAAAAGUUGUAUUCUAGCAACCUGGUCAUUGACAGAGCCAAAGAAGUGAGCCUUGCACAGUUGAACAAUCAGGACCGGGCCGACAAUGAGGACUGGGAAACGGUGUCCAGGCACUCAUCUUGGGGAGAUACUGGUUUGGGUGGCAGUCUUGAGGCUCCAGUGUCAAGCCCAAACCAGGGAAUGGACUGUGGCAGAAGCACUAUUAUGGAACCAAGAGGUCAGGAAGUGGAUGUGAGCCGAAAAAAGGUAGUGGCGGUGUCUUCAGGGUCUCAGCGAGUCAGUGUCCGGUUCCAGGUGCAUUAUAUCACAAGCACUGGGACGCAAUUCGUUGCAAUAACCGGAGACCACGAGAGUCUUGGGAGGUGGAAGGCCUACAUCGCACUGCAGCGUAGCAAGGAUGGGUUCUGGUUUCGUUCUGUGCCCCUGCCCGCAGAUACAGUGGUGGAAUGGAAGUUUGUAGUGGUAGACAAUGGGGAGAUUACCCGCUGGGAAGAAUGCAACAAUAGGUUCCUUGACACUGGCCACGAGGAUAAAAUGGUUCAGAAGUGGUGGGGGAUUCACUGAUUCAGUGUUUCAAAGUACCAGAGAGGCUGUUGCAGA